AUGGGUCUUCGCUGCCCAGGACUAAACCCAACUACCAGAACUGAGACAGGGCACCGAGCGCAAUCAGCGCUGCCUUUUCCCCGGGAGCACGGGGGCGACUACACAGUUCCCUCCCGGCCAAGAGGAGAGGGGACCCCCGAAGCACCCGGGGACUCUUCUCGGUGCCCCAAAACUGUUCCCGCACCCGGUCAGCGGCUGCCGUCGGGGCCGUCCCGGGAGGCGGCGGCUGCACGGAGGGAGCAGUGUGUCGCCCCCAAACCCUCCUUCCUCCCCGGGGCGGCCCGCGGGGGCGGCGGCGACUACAAGUCCCGUCUGCCCGGGGAGGAGCCGGCGCGGGGCUGCCGUCCCUCCCGGUGGGAGAGCAGCGCAGCCCAGCGACCGCACGCAGCCCCGCGGCAACUUUUCUCUCCUCCGGAGCCGGGCACGGGGUGGGAGGGGGGGGGGGGGGAAGCGCUCGAGAGGAGCCGGACAAGGGGGCGGGGGGCGCUGGAAAAGCCGGGCAGGGGGCUGCGGAGGAGCCCCGGGACGGCUCUGAGGGGCUGCUGCGCUGCGGGGCUGCCCCGCCGAGGAGCCCCCGCGGGGGAGCGGCGCGGUGGGUGCGGGAAGGGGCGCGGGGCAGGGCUGCGGGGGGCGGCGCGGGGGCCUCGCCCCGGGGCGUGGGCGCGGCGUCCCCAUGGGCGGGGGCGGCUGAUGCCGCUGCCGGGCGGGCGCGGGGCGGCGGCGGCGGCGGGCGGCGGGCGGGUCCCGGCCAUGCGGCGGCCGGGGGUGCGCGGGGCGCUGGCCCGGGCGUGCCUGCUGCUGCUGCCGCCCUGCGCCCUGCUGCUGGCGGCGCUGCCCCCCGCCGCGUCCCACCCGCAGCCCUGCCGGAUCCUGCGGCGCAUCGGGCACACCGUCAGGGUCGGGGCCACCCACCUGCAGCCCCGCGCCCGGCCGGGGGAGGCGGCGGGCGGCGGCCCCGAGGGGGAGCGGAGCGCCGCGCCUUCGCCGCGGGACGCGCUGCUGCUGGCCGUGGCGAACCUCAACGGCGUGCCCGGGCUGCUGCCCUACAACCUGUCCCUGGAGGUGGUGAUGGCGAUCGAAGCGGGGCUGGGCGACCUGCCCCUCUUCCCCUUCUCUUCCCCGAGCGCCUCCUGGAGCAACGACCCCGUCUCCUUCCUGCAGAGCCUCUGCCACACCGUGGUGGUGCAGGGGGUCUCCGCCAUCCUCGCCUUCCCGCAGAGCCGCGGGGAGAUGCUGGAGCUGGACUUGGUCUCGGCGGCGCUGCGGAUCCCCGUGGUCAGCAUCGUGCUGGGCGAGUUCCCUCGGCGGAGCCCGAAUCCUCUUCACCUGCAGAUGAGUUUAGAAAACUCACUGAGUUCUGAUGCUGAUGUCACUUUCUCAAUACUUGCAAUGAACAACUGGUAUAAUUUCAGCCUGAUGCUAUGCCAGGAGGAAUGGAAUAUCACAGAUUUUCUCUUCCUCACACAACAGAGCUCCAAAUUCCACCUAGGAUCCAUUAUAAAUAUAACAGCAAACCUCACUUCAGCCAGUGACCUUAAGAACUACUUACAGUUUUACCUGGAGGGUAUCAAAGAUACUACUUCUACCAUGGUGAUGUUUGGAUGUGACAUGGAAAAAACACAAACGAUUUUUGAAAUAACCACCCAGUUUGGUAUGAUGCCUCCAGAACUUCAUUGGAUUAUUGGGGAUUCACAGAACGUGGAAGAACUGAGGACAGAAGGUUUGCCGCUUGGUCUUAUCGCUCAUGGCAAGACAACACAGUCAGUCUUUGAGCAUUACGUACAGGAUGCAAUGGAGCUGGUAGCAAGAGCUGUAGCAGCAGCCACUAUGAUUCAACCUGAACUCGCUCUUAUUCCAAGUACGAUGAAUUGCAUGGACACAGAUGAAAGGAAUAUCACUUCAGGGCAGUAUUUGUCAAAGUUUCUAGCAAAUACAACUUUUGAUGGUCUCAGCGGCCACAUUAAGGUGAAAGGCUCUUCCAUUGUCAGCUCAGAAAACAACUUCUUCAUCUGGAAUCUGCAGCAUGACCCUGUUGGAAACCCAAUGUGGACUCGUCUUGGGAGCUGGCAGGAAGGAAAGAUAGUCAUGGACUAUGGGAUAUGGCCUGAGCAGGCCCAGAGACAUAAAAAUCACAUGCAACACCCCACCCGGCUACACCUCAGAGUGGUAACUCUCAUUGAACAUCCAUUUGUCUUUACCAGAGAUGUUGAUGAUGAAGGUCUUUGCCCAGCAGGACAGCUGUGCCUGGAUCCUUUGACCAAUGACUCGGCUGUCCUGGACAACCUGUUUGAAACCCUUCAAGGAGGAAAUGACACUGUUCCCAUUGAGCUAAAGAAGUGCUGCUAUGGCUACUGCAUUGACCUACUGGAGAAGCUAGCUGAAGAUAUGAAUUUUGAUUUUGAUUUGUACAUUGUUGGUGAUGGAAAAUAUGGAGCCUGGAAGAACGGCCACUGGACAGGGCUGGUGGGAGACCUUCUUGCUGGCACAGCUCACAUGGCAGUGACAUCAUUUAGUAUUAACACUGCCCGCAGCCAAGUGAUUGAUUUCACUAGUCCUUUCUUUUCAACCAGCUUGGGCAUCUUGGUGAGGACCAAAGAUACAGCAGCUCCUAUUGGAGCCUUUAUGUGGCCACUUCACUGGACUAUGUGGCUGGGGAUAUUUGUUGCUCUCCACAUCACAGCUAUAUUCCUCACCUUAUAUGAGUGGAAAAGUCCUUUUGGUAUGACCCCCAAGGGAAGGAAUAGGAACAAAGUCUUCUCUUUCUCCUCUGCUCUGAAUGUCUGCUACGCAAUCUUGUUUGGAAGAACAGCUGCCAUCAAACCCCCAAAGUGCUGGACCGGAAGGUUUUUAAUGAAUCUCUGGGCUAUAUUCUGUCUGUUUUGUUUGUCCACGUACACAGCCAACCUAGCCGCUGUCAUGGUAGGAGAGAAGAUCUAUGAAGAGCUUUCUGGAAUACACGACCCAAAGCUCCACCACCCAUCCCAAGGGUUUCGGUUUGGAACUGUGCGAGAAAGCAGUGCAGAAGACUAUGUGAGGCAAAGCUUCCCAGAGAUGCAUGAGUAUAUGCGACGGUACAACGUCCCUGCAACCCCAGAUGGAGUAGCGUAUCUAAAGCAUGAUCCAGAGAAACUCGAUGCUUUCAUCAUGGAUAAAGCGCUCUUAGAUUAUGAAGUAUCAAUAGAUGCUGACUGCAAGCUUUUAACUGUGGGGAAACCCUUUGCCAUUGAAGGAUACGGUAUUGGUCUUCCCCCCAACUCUCCACUCACCUCGAACAUCUCUGAACUCAUAAGUGAGUACAAGUCUCAUGGUUUCAUGGAUGUUCUGCACGACAAAUGGUACAAGGUUGUUCCAUGUGGGAAAAGAAGCUUUGCUGUCACAGAGACACUGCAAAUGGGCAUCAAGCAUUUUUCUGGGCUCUUUGUGAUGUUAUGCAUUGGAUUUGGCUUGUCCAUUCUUACUACCAUUGGGGAACACAUUGUGUAUAGACUCGUUCUACCACGAAUCAAGAAGAAAUCCAAGAUGAAGUAUUGGCUUCAUACAAGCCAGAGAUUACAUCGUGCUCUGAACAGUUCAUUUACUGAGGACAAACACCAGCCUAAGAAAAAACGAGUAGAAAGGAGAUCCCAUGUAGGGAACAGCCAGCAUGCUGUGUGGAAUACAGCCAGUCUGGGCAAUUGUCACCGGAAAAAAUAUGUCUGCACCGAUAAAGAACAAAAUGAGGUAUCAAUCCGACAGCACCAAGACAUCCCCCUGCCCCAGGUGAGGAGAGAGACUCCAGCUUCUUUAACAACCAACGGGAAAGCAGAGUCCCUCAAUAUUACUAGGACCUCAGUAAUGCAAGAGCUUGCGGAACUAGAGAAGCAGAUUGAAAUCAUCAAACAGGAGCUGCAACUCGCCAUGGACAGGAAAUCGGAGCUAGAAGAGUAUCAGAGGACAAACAGGACUGCAGAGCCCUAGGACAGCAUACCUAGGCCCUUUCCCCUUUUCUUCCUUUCUCCUCUUCCUCCGUAAGAUUUGUAACACGCUUUUGUAUUGCCAGAAAGAGGUGUGAAAAUAAAACAGGCAAUAUGCUCUUCAUGAGAGCAGAAUUGCAGCAGCCCACAGCCACUGCCACCCCUCUGAGUUCUCCUCCUUUCAUAACAAGUUUCUCAUUCUCCUGGCAAAUGUCAGCCACUCUCAAGGAACGGGAGAAACGGGAGCAUCUGAACAGUGAGAGUUCCUGCACUUGACAGUACAGUGAGGUUCCCGCUUUUAUAGCCCUUUCUGUGCAUUAAGUUAAAAAAAAAAAAAAAAAAAAAGAAAGAAAAAAAGGGGGAAAAAAACAGAAGAAAAUUUAAACUGUUCAUUGGAAGCAUGUCCCUUGUUGGUAUGUUUUUGUUGUGACUAAUUCUAUGAGUGUAGUCUCCAUUCAUGCUAAGUCUCAUUAGGAUUGCCUCAUUAUGCCAGGUGCUAGUUCUGUGUUGGCAAUCCCUUCCCUCCUGGCACAGGCUGUGGUUUCAUAAGACAAGUUCUUGGUGGUAAUUCCAGUACACACCAUUUCCUCAGUUCUGUCAGCACAAAUGCAGAUGUGGCUGAUCUGUGACUGUGAUAAAGGAACUCACCAAGCUUAAAAAUAACUUGGCAAAAACCAAACCACCUCCUCUGUCUGCUUCUGAGCCCAGGUUCAGCUUCCACUCCCACCCAGAGAGAAGCUAUGCAAACAGCUGCACCAACAGAUGUGAGGGGAUGGGUUCAUGGUGACACAAAGCAAGUAUAAGGGGAAAGGAGAGGUAGCAGAACUGUAAAUGAGAAUUUACUGCCAAAGGUAUUUACCCAUGUGAAACUACUCCUUUAAUAUUCUCUGUCUUCAGUUGACAAUAAGGUUCUAUCUCACAGCCAAAGUGGCAUAAAAAGGCUCUGGUCCAAGAUUCAUUUGGACACCAAACUCCCCUCAAAGUCAAAGGGAGUCACCAAAGCCUCCCUGUGGACCAGGUCUUACUGUGAAGGAGGAGAGUUAUGGUUUCAAAGGCAAUGUACUGAGUGGAGCUCCCUCCCACCUGGAUGAUGAGGGGGGAAGGAAGGGUAAGCUGUUCAGCAUCUGAAUAAAUACUGCAUCAACCCAACUGGCUGUGUUAUUUCAACAGGACUUCUGUGAAUUUUUAAAGACUUAACGAACACAUACCAUAUUACACAGAAAAAGAAGGUAACAUUAUCAGCAUUAACUCUGGUCUCCAGAUAUAUCAAAAGUCCUUUUUACCCUCCUUGUCUCUCCAGCCAUCUGUGUGAGUGUUGCCAGGGUCACAUUCUCACUAGAUAUGCUUUAAACGCUACAGGCAGAUCUUAAAUUUUAUUGUGUAGUUUGAAAAAAAGGCAUUCUACCUUUUUGUACCUUUAGCCCUUGAAAAAACACUUGCAAAUGAAAAGCUGUGCAUGGACUACUAAAAGCUGAUAUCAGUAAUGCAGCAAUACUCAGCCUAAUUAGCCCCGUCCAGAGUUCAUAUUCUAUUCCCUGCUCAGUCCUUGGCCUCUGCUUUUGGGCAGCGUGUCUGUUUCUUUCAAUACAGUCAGUAAAUGGGUAAUAGUAAUUAGGGUAUAAAACAGGAAAGUGGGAUCCAGAGCCCUGCACAUCAGGUACAUCUAAAAACCUAGGAUGUCCCUUCUUUCCUUGCUCCUAACAAGCUAGAUGACACGGGGCAAGUGAUUUAGGUUGCUUCUGUUGCCUUCCCUUAAUUUACCUCCCUCAUUUAGAUAGUUGGCAUUUUAGGAAGAGAUCUUUAUUUGUGUAGUAUCCAGAAAGUUACAACCUCAAACAUAAUUUGGUUAGAACAGAUGAACACUGCUCUUCUCGCCAUUAUAAGAAAAACACAAGGAAAAAAAUAUUCCAGCCAAAUUUCAUCAGUAUGUCUAUUGUUGAUUACAUCCUUGUCUCUGCAUGCAUCAGCCCAGAAAAAGACUAUUUUUUUAAAGUAAUUGAAAAUGCUAUAUCUUAUACAAAAAUGUAUGUUUUAGUUCAAAGUCCCAAUCAAAACACCCAAACUUAUAACAAAUCACUCCUCAUUUAAAAACAAAAAUUUAAGUGAAAAAACAUCAACCACUUAAUGUUAAGCAAAAUAUUGUUUCUGAUGCGUGCCUUCGGGGCCACUACCAUAGCAAAUGCAGAAUAUGGAUUGAUCCAUAUUACUGCAGUACCAACUAGAAGCCUUUAGGGAGUUGAUCCAAGUUAUUGUUGCCUAACAGAGACACAUUUUGGCAUGUUAUUUUCUUAUUCAACUAUUGUCCCAUCAUGAUGCCAUAGGAGACAGAAAAAAAAAUACAUUUCCGUGGCUUUCUUUGGGAUGACCAAGUAUCACACACAUAUCACUGCCUGCACAGGCGGAGGAAGAUGCACUGGAGACUAGAUGGUUCUGGCCUGCCCGCAUUUGUCAGGCCUUACAUUUAAUUCCUCCGUCCUUAGACCAAUGGAGGAACUUAAAUUCCUCAAAAAUUUCAUCCUGUCACAGAGCCCGUGGACACGUCUGCUAUCGCGUAAGGAGCAAAGCCC